AUGAAGGUGAAGAGUGUGGGAACAAUGCAAGAUGAGUUAUCUUUCAUCGAGGAUGAUAAAGAUCGAACCACAAAGAUUGGGUUUUCCGCUAGCAAAGUUAAGGUUGUUAUCGAAGCAGUGAGAAAGUGCAACACCGUGUUUAAUCAUAAAACACCUGCAGUUAUCUUCUUGGAACACCUCGAAGAGCCAUCAUUACUUAUUAGUAUUCUAUUCUGCAAAUGUUACAUUGAUGACGAGUUCAUUAUUGGAACAGUGAAGAAGAUUUCGAGGAAGCAGGUAAGUUAA